AUGCCUAUGCCUGGCAAAAGUCCAAAGUGUUUACACACGUUGAAGAGUGGUCAAUACCAGUCCAGCAAACCAUUGCACUAUGCGAGUACUACGCACGCUUCCGCGGUAGAAAGUCACAUUCGCAUCAACCCUCUGCUCGGUAGACAUCACUCUAUAACAGGGUCAUUGGUGAUCAACUCACUUCUGCUUCUCGUCCCUCCAUCAGAGACGGACGCCAAGCUUGGAGAGCAUGGAUUGCCACAGAAUCAAGACGACGGUUGUUGGCAGCCUGCUUCCUGCUCGAUGUACAUAGCUCUUGGUAUCACGAACGCCAAUGCACUUCUGUCAUUGGUUUAG